UGGGCGCCCACAGAGCGCCCAUUGGGGCGUCCACCGGGAUGUCCAUGGAGUCCCCCUGGGGGGGGGUCCCUCGGGUGACCCAUCGGGACCCCCACCCACCCCCUGGCGGAUGCUGGGAGCUGGGAUCAUGCGGGAGCACCCGGAGCAGCUCCCGGAACCGCCGGGGAAACGAGGAAAGCGAACGGCAAGGAGCAAGCCCGGAAAUCUUUCGUGGUCCUUGUUCCUCCUGCUCUCUCCGAGGGGAGAAAUCUCCGUGACGGGGAUUUAGUGGAGGGACGCGGCCGAGCUCCCGGGACAUCCCCAAGCAGAGGGAGCAGCACCUGGAAAUCCUCCCCGGGAAUGGGACACGCUGCCCUUCUUCCCAGCUCACUCCCGGCAGGAAAUGGGGAUUGUCCCCCUCUGCCCCCCAGGAUCUCAGGAAAAGCCUCAGAGGGAGAAGCUGCUGUCCCCUCUGCCAGCUGGCCUCGAGUCUGGACAUCAGUGGGGACAUGGCGUCCCACCUCUCCAGAGGAUGGACACCCCUCCAGGAUCCCCGAGAUGUCCCCAUGCCACAGGACCCCCAAAAUGUCCCCGCGGCUCUGGAAGGGGCUGCAUCUCCCCGGGGCGCCGCGGAUUUGCUGCGAGGCCGCGGGAGAAGGCGGCCGGCGGGGCCAGAGGUGACAUUAUCUGCCCUCCGCGCAGGGCAGGACCCCGCCUGCCAAAUUCCCUUCAGCUUUCAAGUUUAUCUAAACAAAGGUUUCGGAGCGGGAAGGCAGCGGAGCGCUCGGCAGCCGCCGAGCCCGGAUAUUUGGAUGUUUGGCUUUGCGGGGAGCUGGGCUCCAUCCGCUCUCGGCAGCGAGGUUUUCCCAGCGCCCCUGGCAAGGCAGGGCUGAGCCCCGCGCCCCUCCGGCCCCGCUGGUGGCCACGAGAACCCGCAGGCAGCAGCAGCACCGGGAUGGGGCAGGAGCAGCACGCUCCGAGGGAGAUGUCCCCGCUCGUGGCAGGGGCUGGCGGAGCCCUUUGGGGUCCCUUUCCCCCCGUGGCUGAGCCCUCUGGGGUCCCUUCCCUCCCCGGACCGUUCCGUGGCCAGUGACGUGUCCAGGCGGUUGCCGCUGUUGCCACAGCAGGCCCCGAUUGCCGCGGCCUUUCACAAGCGCGGCUCCGCUGACCUCGCCCUCAGCGGAUUUGCUUGAGCAACGCCAGUGCCCGGCCCAGCCCGGCACCUCUGGCUGCUGCUGCCGCAUGGCCGGGGGGGGGGGGGUCCUGGGGGCAGCACCCCGCCUCGGGACCCCCCCAAAACCCCCUGAGCCCCCGGCAGGCUCCCAGCGUCAAAACGGACGCUUCUCCGCCCUGUGUGUCCCUGGAUUUGGCACUGGCGGAUCCUCCUGGGUG